AUGUUUCGCAGCGCUGUUCAGUCCCUGUAUCUCUUACACACUACGCGAAGCGCGCGGUAUUUCCAUCGAGUUACAACCAAUUUCAUCAACUAUGACGCGCAAGGGGAUUUGCUUGCCAGGAAGGUGCCCAUCAUUAUCGGCGAUCCGGGCCAAACUUAUGUUUUGAUUGAUCCCACAAUUGGUAGUGCUCUCCGUGCUGCUAGCCCUCUCACGCCUGCUUCUUCGGCUGCUCGAGCCGAAGACAGAUGCAAACUUACAUUUUUCCACGACUUGCAAUACUUCGGGUUUGAUCCCUCACCAGACAGCAUCAGACACAAGCCCUGCAACUUUGUUCCUGAGUGGAAAAAGCACGAGCUUGUCCUAGAUGGAACACCUGAUGCAAAAUUCGCCGAGCUCGCAAGAGCUAGUGCACGGACUUUGGAAAGUUCACUCGACCAGCUGAAGGAUAUGUGA